AUGGCGGAGUUGCUGUUGGAGUGGCUGAACAGCCUGCCUCUGUCGAGGCGCGUAACGAGCCUGGAGCGCGACUUUGCGAGCGGCUACAUGCUGGCGGAGGUGUUGUUUGCGCUCAAGCAGCUGGAGAGCCUUGCGCCGUUCGUCGACAGCUCUUCACCGCAUGCGCAGGCGGAGAAUUUCCGCCUUCUCGCCCCGGUGUUUCGCCGCCUCGACGUCAGGUGCGACUCCCGCAUCAUGGCGGCCGUCCUCGCGCAGCAAGAAGGCGCCGCGCUGCGGCUCCUCUUCCAGUUGAAGCUCGCGCUCUCGCGCUUCUCGCGGAACGGCGGACGGGCGCCUGCUGACCUCGCGCGCAUCAACGCGCCCGCCAAACCCGUCGCGUUCGAGGCCUUCCAGGCGAAGUUCAUCGACUCGCGGCUCAAAAACGUUGUCAAGCCGCGGAGGGGGCUGAGCCAGGAACCAGCCAAGGCGCACAAAGAGCGAGAGUGCGGCGAGACCUCCGCAGGUCGGGCUCCCUUCGAGGGUGCCGCGUGCGCAGAGGAGGACGCGAAGGCAGGGCGAAGCUCCGCGCCCGCCUCAGGGCGAACAGCCCCCGGCGUCUCGCCUGCGCGCGCGGUGCCUCGCUCAGACGCAAGCGAUAAGGCGCUCGGCGAUGGAGGCAGAGUGCGAACACGACCUGCGGCGGAGAGAGGCGCCGAGGACGCGGGAGCUGGUGCGGCCAGAAGGGGCGGAUCUGCAGAGGCGACGCGCCACGGAAGUACGGAGCGAGGGACACGAGAGAGGAAAGAACUUGAGGCGGAAAUCCUCCGCCGGAAGCUUCUCGUGGAGGCGCGCGUGAAAGCCGACAGGCAGCGGAAGGCCGCGGCCAAGCUGCAGGCGACGCGCGAAGAGAUGCAGAAAGGCAUUGAAAGCUUCGAAAUGAAUCUCCAGCGCCGAGGCCUUCUCGCGACGGGAUCCGCCUCUUUCUCCGCGCCCUCGAGCUCCCAUCUCUCCGCUUCGCUAGAGACUAACGCGACCCAGACCGGCGCGUCGCCCUCCACGUCUUUGCCUUCUCCGCCCGCAGCAGCCUCUGUGGGUGCGUCUGUGCGGCCACGGCCGAGUUCACUCGACGCGGAGCUGCUGCGGCGGCUGCCGUCGGCGAGCGCAUGUCGCCGCGAGAACGCGGAGAUGAUGGCGCGGCUGCGCGCGUCGCGCAGUGCUCAGGAGAUUGCGCGCAGGGAGCGCGAGAAGCGCCGGCAGAAGUUGCUCCUGGAGCAGACGCAGGCGCACGCAGACCUCGCGGCGGAGGCCAUCACGGAGAAGCUCGUGGGGAACGUGUUUCGGCGGCUGUCGCGGCGCGCUGAGGCCGUCGAGGAGGCAGUGCGGAAGGUUCGCCAGCUGGAGGAGGUGCUCACACAAAACCGCGCGCUGCGGGAUUCGCGCGUCGCCAGCCAGCGGGAGAAAGACUCAGCCGCGCACGAGGCGCGAGCCGAGCAAGUCGCGCUGGAGGCGCAAGAGAAGCUCCGCAGAGACGUGCAGCUCGAGGCGCAGCAGUGCCGCGAGUGGAAGCGCCGCAUGAAGGCCUGCAAACGCGCCCGGCUGGUCGCCGAAUGCGGCGAAAUCGUGGACUUGCUUCUCGAGCUGGUCGCCGCAGCUUCUCAGUUCCAUCGCGCCCGCGACGCCGCCAUCGACCCACGCACCUGGCGCGAGUGGUUGACCGGGUUCACCGAGGGCAGUUCGCCGUUUGCGCAGCAGACGCCGGCUGCCGCUGAGAAGAAGGCCGCUGUUGGCGCAGGCCGCGCGGCUUCGCGGCGAGGCGCCGACCUCAGCGAGGACGCGCGCGCGGAGAAGGGAGCCUGCGAGGGCGACGGAGAGAGAGGGGAGGCAAUCGCUGCGGACUUCGAGGGACGCCCUCUCGCGCCUGGCUUCGCGUUUCUCCGUGUCCCCAGCCCUCCGCGCGCUGAGGUAGAGCGUGGCGCGCGCCUCCUGCCGCAGGACUUCCCGCACGCGGAGGACGCACCGCUGGAGGCGAAGUUGAACCAGGACACGCUCGUUCGAUACAUCAACGCCCUGGGCGAGUUCGACCCCGAGGCGAACGUCGCGGCCGCGCCGGAGGCCUUCGCGUUCUCCUCUGCUCCCGGCGCGUCGGCCGCCGCCGCCAGCGCCUCGACUGUGAGCGCGGGCGAGGGCGCGGACGCGGAGGGAGAGCCUGAGAGGUCUGCGGCACUCGACAGAGCCGCGGUGCUGAAGGAGCUCCUCAGACGCAACGACGCCUGCGGCGGCGCUGCCGUGGAGGGCUUCCCUCAGGGAGCGUGCGACGUGUCUGGCGACGCGGCAGGCGAUCCGGCAGGCGAUCCGGCGGGCGACGCGGCGGCGCUCAGCGGCCUCGGCGGCCUCGUCGGCGCGCUGCUCGAGAGCCUCCACACCGAGGCGCCUUGUGCCGCGCCCGGCGACCUCCCUGCGCACGUUCUGAAGAUCGUUGUGACUGGUAAGCCGUUCGCGGGAAAGAAAACUCUGGCGCGCAAGCUCGCGCACAAGUACCGCCUCCACGUGCUGUCGCUUGAAGAGAUCCUCGCGCAGAGCAUGCACGCCGCGCCCGACUUUCGCGCCGACGAGCCCGAGGCACCGCGGCAGCCCCCGCCCCUUGCGUCGCACGCGCCCUCGGAAACUCUCGCGGCAGUCGCCGAGGAGGACGCGCCCGAGCAGAGUCCGCCCGCGGAGCUCGCCUCCACAGACGCGCCGCCGAGGCAGAGCCCUGCCUGCAGCUCUCGCGUUGGGGGUGCCGUGCCCGCCGCUGCGCCGCUUUCGUCGUGUUCGCUGAGCGAGCUGAGGGCACGCGCCUGUGAGACUCUGCGCAGCGGGGAGAAGCUCAGCGACAGCCUGUCUGUCGAGCUGCUGGUGGCCAAAGUGAAACAGCUCUUCGCAGCUACUACUCCCGCGAGCGUCGCGCGGCUCCUCGAGCUCGCGCCGAUCGAGGGCGGUGAGGCCGGCGUCAAGGCGGAGAAGGCGUCGGGCGGAAAAGGCAAACUCGGGCGGAAGGCGCAUGCGCCGGAGCGUCAGGGGGCGGGGCAGCGAGAGGCCGCGAGUGGGAGCGAGGAGGAAGCUGAAAAGAAGCUCGGCUGGAUCCUCGUGGGCUUUCCACAAACCUACGAACAGUGUGUCUCCCUCGAGGAGAGGCUCUCGGGCUACGUCGCACCGGAUCGACGACCCGCGAACGCGCUGCAGAGAAAAAAGGAAAGGGCGUCUCUCGUCGUGCCCAUUCCUCAGCAGCCGCCCGUCGAAGCGACUCCAAUCGAAGGCGGAGUCGACUUGCACUUUCACCUCGAGGUCUCCACGGAGGAGGCGGUCCUGCGGGCUCGAAGCGCCUUCCAGUCUCCAGGGGUUCACGAAAAACUCGUUGCGAGAGGCGGGGCUGAGAGUCCUGCCGCUACAAAGCCUGCUGCAGACGAGGCCCUACGAGCGCCAGCGAAACUCUCCGUCGCGGCCGAGUGCUGCCACCUCGACAUCCAGCAUAACGUUUCGCGGGCGUUCCUGCAGCGAUUCGGAUCGCCGGAAGUUGGACCCCGGCUCGUCGUUCUUCCUGCGACGUCUGAGACCGAAACCAUGCAAGCUGCAUCUGAGAAAGUGGAGCUCGCGCUAGCGCGGAAGAGAAAGGCGUUGGCGAACGCGGCGAGCUCCGAGGAGCCUGUCAAGGCUGAGCAACUCUCCCGCGAUGAAGUAGCCGCGGAAACUCAAGAAGACUCUGACGCGGGUGCGAUGUGGCGCGAGCGCGUCAACCGCUUGGAAGACCCCGUGAAGCACUUCCUCCUUGCGCAGUGGAGAGCUCUCGAGCGAGACUACACGUCUGUCCUGGCGAGAGUUUUUUCGUGGAAUCGCCGCACGCGAACCGACUUUGGAGAAAGCCUCGUUGCUCUGCAGCUUCACUUCAUUCAGUUGCUCGAGGAGCCCGACGGCAGGCAGGAGCUCGUGAACAAAUUUCUUGUCGACUACAAUGCGUUCGUCGCGGAGCUGUCGAGAAGUCUCCACCUCGAUCGAGUCAAGGAGGAACUUCAUCAGCGCGUCGAGGAUCUCGUGGAGGCUCUGUGGCAAGAGAUCGACGCCCGCCGCAGCGACGCCGCGAACGAGCUGCUGCAGCUGGCCGAGCUGCAGUGGAUCAACGCGAUCUGCGAGUGCCUCGCAGUGCAGACAGAAGGCCUCGUCGAGGCAGAAAUCCAGAGGUACCUCGCCCUGGAGGCGUUUGCGACAGACGCGUACUACAACUUGAUGGGUGCUUGCAUGCCUGAGAGGCGAAAAGCUCCCGCGGAUCUCGGCGCACUCAGAGAGGCCUCGCAGGCUGCGGCGCAGCAGGCGGUCGUCGUCUUCUUCAAGCCGAAACAAGAAGGCGCCGAGAGCCCCGCGCCGAGGUCCUGGCAGACGCAUCUGCUCGAGAAUCUUGAGGCGAACGCGUGGGAGCACCUCGUUCCGCUCGCGGACUUCGAGGACUAUAUUCCCAACAUCCAGGAGACGGAUAAGAAGAAGCCGGCCAAAGCGAAGGUGCCGAAGAAGGAGCCGAAGCCGCGGGCGUUGCCUUCGUUGUUCUCGGAGCUUCAGCGGCUGCGGCUGGAGCUUCAGGUUCAGCUCGUGACGCGCGUGCGGAGUGCCUGCAUCUGGGGGUCGUCGCGGUUGUUUGAGGCCGCGAACGCAUGCGGCGAAGUCUUUGCGCACAUGAGCGACUGGCUGGUCGCCAAGUCCCUCGCGGAGCAUGCCGCCGUAAAGGAGCUCGCCACCCGUCUCAAAAUCUGCAUCGAAAACGAAAAACCCGUUCCCCACUACAUGCAGCUGGAAGGGACUCAGCUGCUUUUGGAUCCGAACGCGGUUCUCUGUGCGCCGCCGCGUCUGCCUGCGCCAGUUUUUGUGCCGGAGGUGCCAGCCGACCUCUUCACGGUGAAGCAGCUGCGCGAGUUGACUGCGGAGUUGAAGCAAGUCACGACGAACGGCCUAGUCUCCACGAUCGCUCUCCGCGAGAUUCUGUUGCGCCGGCUGACGCAGUCCAAGUGCUUCCUCACGCCGCACUUUCCCCGAACUUGGCUCAGCGCCUCCGUGUCACAGAUUUGUCUCGUCCCUGAGUUCUUCGACAUCUCGGGGGGCUGCGUAGAUCCCCUCGAGUUCCUCCUCUCCCUCGCGCUCGGCUCCGCCGGCUGGCCUGACACGCGCCAGCUGCUUCAGCUGCGCAGCUCCGUGUCGCGCGCCUCUACGCUUCCGCUUGGCUCCGGGGGCACCGCGGAGGGCUGGCCGCUGGAGGAGCUCGUUUCUGCGGACGAGUUCUCGCGGCUCGACUUCUCAGACUGGAUUCCCGUCCCGUCCCCCCCAGACGCAGGCGGGGCGGCACAUGCGACGGCACCGGAGGAUGCGGUAUUCGAAGGCGACGCACCCGCUUCAGGCUGUGCCCUUGUCGAGCUCCUCUUUGAAAUCUUUGUCGCCUUCCAAACGCGCUACAACGUGCGGGCGUGCGCCGAAGACAUUCGCCUCCUCAGGGAGUUGGAGUACUGGCGCGACCCAGACACCACCACGGCGGCGGCCUCGGGGUCGGCUGAGACGCGCGCGGUGAAUCCGCCGAAUGCCAAGAACGCCCAUACAUCUUCCGCGGCGCCCUCUUUGCGCACAAACAGCAGCCGCGGGGGGGGGUUUCCGUUCCAGGAAGAAGAUGCCUUUGGGGGCUCCGCGGCCGCAAGCAGCGAGGGCAAUCGCAGCCCUCGCUCGGCGCGCGUCUCGCCGCGCGCGCACACGCCGCUCGAGAGGCGAGCGAGCCAAUCGAGUGCCUCUGGGCAUCCUGAAAACGCAGACGUGAACGCGCGUCCCGCGCCUCGAAGUCUCGCGCCGAACUCGGGUGCGGACAGCCCCGGCCUGAGCGGCGCCGACGCGCAUCCAAGCGAGCUCGGGGGCGCGCAGGAGCUUGCGGAGGGCGCAGAGGCCUCACGCAGCGAUGUAAGCGAGGCGACCGCAGCGCGGCUCGACGCAGAAAACCGGCGCACGCAUGCGGAAUGCCAGGCGCUAAAUGAGGAAGAAAAAAUCGGCCUUCUGGACGAGGAAGAACGCAGAAAUCAAGCGAAAUGCGAUAGCCUUUACGUGCGCCGCUUCAUCGGCUACUUGUCGCUGGGAACGACCCCUGAGGACGGACUGGAGCGCUUUUUAGCCGCAUGCACCGACCGCGAGUCUCUCUCGUCACCUUCAGCGCUGCGGCGCGAAGACUCGCUCGCGCUGAUUGACGUCUAUACCGCCUGUCUCUCCAUGGGAGUGCGUCCCGCGCUCGAGGCCGUCCCCUUGCCCGCUCAAAUUCCUUUCGGCGUGUUCAAAAAGCGCCUCCACGCAGAAGGAAGAGUCUUUAUCACAGGCUCCGCCGGCGAAGAGAACGGCGACGAAGCUAGUCGCGGCUCGUGCGAGGCAGAAAGAUGCAAAGAACGCGUGAAAAUCCUCGAUUUCUUGGAGUCCAGCGUCGCUGCAGAGACACUGGCUCGUGUGGGGUCCAUACACGCGAGAAGGGACGUGAACGAAUUUCUAAAUGCUGCGAACGCUCCAUGA